CAGAUAAACUCAGUAAGUGACACCAUCUCCAACAUGAUGUCAAGAUCGUUCACCCUCCGUUCGUCCUUGACAAGCAGCUCCAUGCGAGCGUCGAGGAUGAACGUCAGGAAUCGUGUUGAUGCUGCUCUGCAUGACGAGCUCAAGAAUGUCUCUGCUUCUCUGCCAGAGGCACCAACAAGCAAAGAGCUCCUGGAAAGCUUCUUGGACCUCCCGCUCCUUGAAACCAUGAACAGGAUCCAGGCGCAGGUCGGAACUCUGCAGAAGCAGAUGGAUCGUGUGGAGUCUCACGUAUCAGCUGCCAUGAAGCCAGUCAUGCAAGAGAGCGCAGAUGAUGCAGGGGAGGAGUCCAGGGCAGAGCCGUCCAGCGAGCAGGAGACUUUCCUCACUGCGGUCAACGUGCAGGGGAAGGAGAGUGAGAGGAAAGCACAACCAGCAGCGAUCAACGUGAAACAGGAGGACGUGGAGGUGAAGAACGUUCAUCUACUCGAGUACCCUGGGUUUCGGGCAAGAGCAGUGGAGCUGCCGGGGAAGCUUUCAGCCAACGAUCUCAUCAAGAGGUUGUCGGAUUCUUGUAAGUUUGCGAAGGUCAGCGAUCAGAACAUCUGGGAGGAAGUUUUGGCGAGUGUUGAAGCUCAGGACUCUGUGAAGGACCUGUUCUGGUGGUUUGUGGGAGACAAGUAUCACCGUGGUCGUCAAGAGGAGCAGGACAAGAUGUUUGCAAGGAUGGCGAGGAACUUUGUAAGGAUCUUCACGAAAGUACCGAGUUCGAGCAAGGACGUCUUCUUCGAUAAAUUCCACAACGUCAUCUCCAAGAGCGUCUUCGUGGCAUUCAAGGUGGCGUUCCCCCUCUCCGAGCAAGAGUUUGACGACAACUUCCUCGGGGAGAUCGCACGGCUCUAUGCCUACUGGUCGACCGGGGCUGACAUCGGGCCUGCUAGCUACCUCUCCCCGAACGGAGAGGUCAUGAAGACGUCGUCCGGGAUGGAGGAGGUGAAGGGAGUCGUGGGAGAGUUGAAGAAGGAGCAGGAGGAGUUGGAGCAGAUCACUGCGGAGAAGAAGAAAGGGAAGCACGCUCCGCUCUCGAGGAAGAUCAGCGGGGAGGGUGGCAGGAAUACUUCGAGGGGGAGGGCAGAGGACAGGCAGCCGCAGCAAGAGAUCAAGAUCUUUGGAUCCGCGAAAUCGUCAGAGGCGAAGGAAAAGAAAGAACGAGGAGGGGAGGGAGGAGAGAAGGGGGAGCUAGGGAGGGGGAGCUAG